AAGAAGAAAAAGCUCAUAGAAGAAGAAGAAGAAGAACCCGCACUACGCAUUGAGUUUGGGCGCCAACGAGACGACGCCGUUCGGGAGAGGAAGGAGGCGACGCACUGAAAUCGGAGAUUGGGAAUUGGAGCACAUGUUCGUCACCGGCAACUCUUUGGAGCAUCACAACGUCCUGGUUUGCCAGAAAUGCAGAUCCUCACCUUGGAAUUGGCAUUUCAACUCAAACUGAUUAGUUUAAAGCUUCCAGCAAAACGAAAAGACUCCAGGCUUACAGGUAGAAGAAAAGGCUCCAUUGGAAACAAUUAAGUCCAAAGCGUCCAUUAUCAAGGGACCAUGGAUCCAAUUGUCUCUACAGCUACUGAAAGUGCACUUAAUAUUACUGCAAGUGUGGUCAAACGACAAGUGGGUUACUUUUUUAAUUACAAAGACAAAAUUAGAGAGUUGGAAUCUUACAUUGAGAAGUUGGAACAUAAUAAGGAGAGACUACAACAUCAAGUUGAUAAUGCACUAAGGAAUGCAGAAGAAAUUGAAAAGGACGUUCAUCAUUGCUUAACGCUCAUGGAUGAUAAGAUAAAAGAAUAUAAAAGUUAUAUUAAUGAUGAAUGUCAUGCAAAGACAAUUUGCUCAUUUGGUUUCUUUCCGAAUAAUUUCCGACUGAGGUAUCAACUGGGCAGAAAAGCUACAAAGAUGGUGAAGGAAAUCAUAGGAGAUGAGCUUUGGAAAACUUCUUUUGACAAUGUUUCGUACCAAGAAUUUCCAUCCAUUGAUGCUACUUUUUCAAACAAUGGUUAUGAAAGCUUUGGAUCAAGAACUAAAACUAUGGAGAUGAUCAUGAAAGCACUGCAAGACUCUACAGUUGGUUUGAUUGGAGUUUAUGGGCCUGGUGGUGUGGGAAAGACCACUUUAGUCAAAGAAAUUGCUAAGAAAGCUCGAGAAAAGAAGUUGUUCAAGAUAGUCAUCAUCGCAAAUAUUACAGGAAAUCCUGACUUCAAAAACAUUCAAGAGCAAAUUGCUGGCAUGCUAGGAAUGAAAUUGGAAGGGGAAAGUGAGAUUGCAAGAGUAGAUCGUAUUCGAAAGAGGUUAAAGAAUGAAAAGGAGAGCACCCUUAUUAUCCUUGAUGAUCUUUGGGCUAGAUUGGACUUUAAUAAACUUGGGAUUCCAUGUAAUGAUGAUGCAAGCCAACAAGAAGUCAAUGACAUGUCUGAUUUUGGUUCCAACAAUGACCCAUCUGAUUUUGGUUAUAAUAAGACAGAAAUCAAAGAGUUGUCAAAAGUUGAUUUGGAUAAGAUGAAAAAGGAAAAGUUGUCUAACGAUUAUAGACGAGGCAAAAUUCUUCUAAUAUCUAGAAAUAAACAAGUAUUAUGUAAUGAAAUGGAUGUUCAACAAAGCUCAAUAUUUUCGGUAGGAGUGCUCGAUGAAAAGGAAUCAGAGACUUUGCUUAAGAAAGUUGUUGGUGUGAAAAAUUCUGAGUUUGAUAAGAAUGCUACUGAAAUUGCCAAAUGGAGUGCUGGGUUUCCAAUAGCCUUAGUUUCCAUAGGAAGGACACUAAAGAAUAAAAGCUUAUCCACAUGGGAAGAUGUCUGUCAACAAAUUAAAAGACAAAAUUUUACAUCAGAAUGGGGAUUUACUGACUUCUCAAUAAAGUUGAGCUAUGAUCAUCUAAAAAAUGAGGAGCUUAAGAGUAUUUUCUUACACUGUGCAAGAAUGGGAAAUGAUGCUUUGAUUAUGGACUUGGUGAAAUUUUGUGUUGGUUUGAAUUUGCUUCCAGGAGUCCACACAAUUACAAAUGCAAGGAAAAGAGUAAAGGAGAUUAUACAAGAGCUAGAAGAAUCGAGUUUGUUGGUUAAAAGUUAUUCUAUUGACCGCUUCAACAUGCAUGACAUUGUGCGAGAUGUUGCUCUUUCAAUAUUAUCCAAGGAAAAACACGUGCUUUUUAUGAAAAAUGCAGUACUUGAUGAGUGGCCUCACGAAAAUGACUUUGAAAGGUUGAAUAGUUACAAGAUUGUCAUUGGUGAAUUCAACUUACUUAACUUGCUUACAGUGGGAGAAUUCAGAGUUCCUGACAAGUAUGAGGAGGUGAAAUUUUUGGCAAUAAACCUAAAAGAAGGUAUUGAUAUUCAUUCUGAAAAAUGGAUUAAAAUGUUGUUCAAAACUGUUGAACGUCUCAACUCCUAA